CGGGCUUUGACAUGCCAGAACCCACAUGAUAAUGGCCGCUGUGAAACAGCAGGUUUUGAACUGGCUGUACAGUGUCCUCACAAGUGAAUAUAAAGAUGUGAAUCGCACAUAUAACGACGUCGCCCAGGCACUCUCUCAUUACUCCUCACUGUCUCCUCGAACCGAUGUCUACACUUACGAGAAUGGCGCAUCGGCCCUCCUCCUGCACCUUUCGGGCACUCUCCCAGUCGCAUUUCGAGGGACAACAUACAGGUUUCCUAUAGCACUAUGGAUACCGCACGGAUAUCCAAGAGAAGCGCCACUGGCAUAUGUGACUCCUACUGAAGGUAUGAUGGUGAGACCUGGGCAACAUGUCGAUCCCCAAGGAAUGAUUUAUCAUCCCUACUUGGUGGGGUGGUCGGAAUUCUGGGAUAAGUCCAACAUUGUGGAUUUCUUGGCAAUUCUUCGAGACAUCUUUGCCAAAGAGCCUCCAGUAAUAUCUCGACGACAGCAACAUGCCCCUCCUCCUCAGCCGGCGCAGGUACCGCCUCCUAUACCACCACUUCCUCCUGGCAUAGCUCGACCGCCAUCCAUCCCAUCAGACACUAUAGAACAAACUCGACCACCGCCUCCUCCCCCGAAACCGACAAACAAUGCACAACCCUAUCUGUCAUCCGACCCAUCGCGGCGAGACAGUGGCCCCCCAUUACCACCGUUACCUGCACAACCUAGCCCUAGGAACAGUCACUAUGGCUCACCAAUAUCUCCUCCUCCGAAUGGGCUUGUGCAUACUCCUCAAAGGAGCAGCAGUCUCCGGUACGAGAACGCACCCCCUUUACCUCCUCAACCACAAAGACAGCAGGCACUGCGAAACUCCUCUUAUGGCUCUGUCGGUCCCAUAAACCCGUCACAAGAUCUCCUUCGGCGACCUUCAUAUACUCAAACAUCUCAACAACCACAAUAUGCCUCACAUCCCACGCAACCAGCGAGUCCACAGCAAAACAGGCCUCCUUCAUAUAUGCAGCAAGCCCCAUAUCCUGGCCCACCGCCUGAAUGGCGACAAUACCCUCAACAUCAGCAGCAGCCGCAACCACAACCCAAGCCUCCACCACCGGUGGAUCUUAUCGAUGCCCCCUUAACACUCAGUAUACCCGCCGAAUCAUCCUCCAACCUCCCUGUUCCCCCUAUACCCCCGAACCCAGAGAAAGACAUGCUUCUCCACAACAUCGGCAAGGCUCUUGCUUCUCAACGGCAACACACCCGGGAACAAACCAGCUCCAGCCUUCCCGGCUUAGAAUCCCAACGUAACGCUAUGCUCAGUGCCCUCCGCAACAUGCAAGCUGAGAUGCAGGCUCUUGAGUCUCUCAACAAUCUCUUGUCUUCUAAUACUAACAUUCUUCAUACGGCGCUUCAUGAUGCUGAUGCAGUGAUUGAGUCCAGCCAACAUCGCACAGCGCCUGAUAUCGAUGAGAUAUUAGUGGCUCCUACAGUUGUUGGGAACCAACUAUAUGAGCUUGUCAAUGAAGAAAGAAGUUUGGGAGAUGCAUUGUUCGUGCUUGGGAGGGCGGUGGAAAGGGGGAGGAUAAGCCCCGCAGUCUUUGCGAAGAUGACGAGGAGUUUGGCCAGGGAAUGGUAUUUGAAGAAGGCGUUGGUGAAGAAGAUCGGACAGGGGAUGGGACUCGCUGUUUAUUAGAGUACACCUACGAUGAUUCAGUAAGUGUAUGCAGUGUUCCCGCAACUCGCUGGCUUCUUUGCGAAGACUUAGUGAUGAUAAAGAAAUG